GGUUUCUUGAAAAACACCCUGGCUCUUUAAAACAACAGUGUGGUUAGAAAAGAGGAUAAUGGUUUCUUUUGAAUGCUAGAAUAUUCUGUAAAAAAAUACUCGGUAAUUUUCCAGCGCGCAUUUAAAUCAGCAUUUGGAUCAUUUUAGCCUAUUGAAAUAAUAAAAAGAAUCAGACAAUUACGUAUAAGCCCAAUUUGAGCAUUGCACACUUUUGAAACAACCUCGUCAAAAGGGAUCAAAAAUAGUUGUCCUGGUCGCCGUCUCAAGCUUUUACCGUCCUCGUGGAUCAAUCACACUCCAUCCAGCCAGAUACCAAAAGGGCUGUUGCCAAAUGGGUGCCCAUCGAGGUGAGGGACGGAGGGACUGGCUUCAACAAGAUGCUGUUGAACAGCCGCCCAUACAAACUAUGAAUCCAUGGAACAUCAUGAUAAAGCACAGACAGGUCUACCGCCGGGGCAGACGCUCACAGAUGACCAUGAGCUACACAGACCCUGUUAUAUCCAUGGACCUCUUGCGAACAGUUCUACAGCCCAGCUUCAAUGAGGACAUUAUGGGAGUCUUCAGAAAAUACUUGAAGUUUUUCGAGAAAGCAGCCAGCAACGUGAAGGAGAACUUCGAAGAGGAUGUCCAGACCGAGCAGCUGAUCCGAGAAGCCUGCAGAAACUGCUUGGAAAAUGCCAAACAGCUCUUCUCAGACGGGGAGAAAUCGGCAGUGGCAAGACCCGGCCCUGAGCCUCCAGUCAAGCGGGUGAAGCUGGAGGAUGAGCCCAGUCAAAGAUCCAGCCCUGUUCCAAAGAAGCGGAAAGGGCGCAUGACAGCUCCUGUCGGGUCCACUUUCAAGCCUACUAUGUAUAGUAAUGUGCCUAAGCCCAAGACAUUGGAGUCUGUAAAGCGUGAGGGACCUAAGUGGGACCCUUCCAGACUGAAUGAAGGGAGCACAUUUGUUCUUGGGUCCAGAGCAAAUAAGGCUUUAGGAAUGGGUGGCACCAGAGGAAGGAUUUACAUCAAACAUGCUGACCUCUUCAAGUAUGCUGCCGAUGCCCAGGACAAACACUGGUUGGCAGAGAGACAGCAUAUGAGAGCUACAGGUGGAAAGAUGGCCUAUCUCCUUAUUGAAGAGGAUGUCCAGGACCUUUCUCUGAGUAAUGAUUACAAAGAUUGCCCUGACCUGAAAAUGACGCCAGUUGAGUUGAAGCCUUUCACAGUUCCCGGGUGGAUGAUUGAGAAGAUGCAGAAGGCCAUGGAGGUCCAGAGUUCAGGGAAGGAGUAGAGUCCUAGUCUACCUUGGCAAAUGGCACCCUAUUUCCUAGCCUAUAUAAUACAUUACUGCUGACCAGAGCCCUGUUGGCCCUGGACAUAGGUAGUGUGCUAAAGGGAAUAGGGUACCAUUACGUGGGCGGCAGGUAGCCUAGCAGUUAAAAGCAAUGGGCCAGUAACCAAAAGGUCACUGGUGUGAAUCCCUGAGCCGACUAGGUGAGAAAUCUGUCAAUGUGCCCUUGAGCAAGACACUUAACCCUAAUUGCUUCUGUAAGAGUCUGCUAAAUGACUCAAAUGUAAAAUGUCAAUUUCUGAUACAGCCGUAGAAAACCACGGAAAUAAUGAAUAUAUCAAUCGUAUCAAAUCACGAGAGACUGUACAAGAGUGCCAAUGUCUUUUUUGCCCAUGUGGCUUUGGAUCUCAUUGUAUACCAUUACAGAUUUAUUUAUUUUUUAUAGAUAUGGGGCGGCAGGGUAGCCUAGUGGUUAGAGUGUUGGACUAGUAACAGAAAGGCUGCCAGUUCAAAUCCCCAAGCUGACAUGGUACAAAUCUGUCGUUCUGCCCCUGAACAGGCAGUUAACCCACUGUUCCUAGGCCGUCAUUGAAAAUAAGAAUUUGUUCUUAACUGACUUGCCUGGUAAAAUAAAAAUAUAUAUUAUAAAUGUAACUUUUAUUUAACUAGCCAAUUCAGUAAUUGAUCAGUUCUAUUUGAUGAAGAAAUCUCCCCCCUCCUUUUUUUUCUUAAUUAAAAAACAAAACACUCCUUACAGUACUCUGAUGGUUAAAAGGGGCUCUUUGGCAGCCUAUGGCCCAUUGGUAAUAGAACGGUUCUUGGGGCCAGGGGGGGUGCCUCCCCCCCACAUUGAAUAUAAGGAGUUACUGUUCUUGUAAAAUCAGUCAUUUUGUUUUCCCAUCUUCAACUGUAUUCUCAAUUUUAUAUUGUAAUAUGUUUCCACAAUGUCAGGUGCUUUUAUGUCAUUGUACUUCAUGGCAUAUAGACCAUGAUGAACUUUUAGACCAUAUACUUUUUUUCUAGUGAAGAUAUGAAUCAACCUUAUUCGCUUAGAAAUAAAGGUUUUGAUUUGUCUA